UGUGAGAGGCUUCUGUGGCGGGGUGCAUGGCCGACGGACUUCACCGCAAUGUGUGAUGUUGUGUUUACUGUAGAGUAGCUGCGUGGAAACGGUGCUUUGGAGAAGGGUGCAGAUGCGGCACUUGCCAUGACUUGUCCCGGGAAGCAGAGCUUUCAAGCGGCGUUGAUCUUCCUGUCUGUCGCCCAGCUGACUGCAGGUCUGAAGUGUGUGUGCCAGCUGUGCACCAACCACACCUGUGAGACCAGUGCAGACGGUGCCUGCUGGAACUCUGUGAUGUUGAUUGAUGGGAAGGAGGAGACGGUAAAAUCCUGUCUGUCGCCCUCUGAAAUGAAGGGCCAGGUCUUCUGCUACAGCUCCCGCAAUGUCUCCAAGAGGAACUGCUGCUUCACUGACUUCUGCAACAACGAGACUCUGCACCUAUACCCAGAGAGGCCUUUGGAAGAACCCGGCUGGAGCAGGCUGCAGCUCGCUGUGGUGAUCUUGGUGCCGUCCUGCCUCCUGUGCAUGGGGAUCCUUCUAGGGGUGUGCGUUGUGCAGGGCCACCACUGUGCCUACAGCCGAGCUCACAAGCAAGACCCAGAGGAGCCUCUAGAUGACCAGAUGCUCAUGUCACCUGACAAAUGUCUCAAAGAUCUGAUCUAUGACAUGAGCACCUCAGGCUCUGGAUCAGGGCUGCCACUGCUGGUCCAGAGGACCAUAGCUCGGACCAUUGUCCUGCAGGAGACCAUUGGGAAAGGUCGAUUUGGUGAGGUGUGGCGGGGCAAGUGGCGAGGAGAGGAUGUGGCGGUGAAGAUUUUCUCCUCCAGGGACGAGAGGUCCUGGUUCCGUGAAGCAGAGAUUUAUCAGACUAUCAUGCUCAGGCAUGAGAACAUCCUGGGAUUCAUUGCUGCUGACAACAAAGAUAAUGGCUCGUGGACUCAGCUCUGGUUGGUGUCAGAGUACCAUGAGCACGGCUCCCUGUAUGACUACCUGAACAGGUACACAGUUUCGAUGGAAGGCAUGAUCGUCCUGGCUUUGUCAAUAUCCAGUGGGCUGGCACAUCUCCACAUGGAGAUCAUUGGCACGCAGGGGAAGCCUGCCAUUGCUCACAGAGACCUAAAGUCUAAAAAUGUCCUGGUGAAGAAGAACGGUACAGCAGUCAUUGCAGAUUUGGGUUUGGCCGUGAAACACAACUCCAGCACCAAUACCAUAGACAUACCGGCCAACCACAGAGUGGGAACCAAGAGGUACAUGGCCCCAGAAAUCCUGGAUGAGACAAUCAAUAUGAACAGCUUUGAGUCAUUCAAGCGGGCGGAUAUCUACUCGCUAGGCCUGGUGUUCUGGGAACUGGCCCGAAGAUGCUCUGUUAGGGGACUUCAUGAAGAUUUCCAGCUGCCUUAUUAUGACCUGGUGCCUUCAGAUCCUUCCAUCGAGGACAUGAGGAAGGUGGUGUGUGAUCAGAAACUCAGACCCAGCAUUCCCAACCAAUGGCAGAGCUGUGAGGCUAUGCGUGUGAUGGGCAAACUGAUGAGAGAGUGCUGGUACGCCAACUCCGCUGCACGACUCACCGCUCUACGGGUCAAGAAGACUGUCUCUCAGCUGUCAGUCAUCAAGGAUGUCAAGGAAUAGUUGGAUUUGUUGCCUCCCUCCUGCAGAUCAGCACUGGUGCCGGCACCGGUGCAACAAGAGGAACUGGGAGUAAACAGGGAGAAGCUGUCCUCUCUAACUGCCUGAGGCUGCCCUCUUCAGGACACAACCACACUGUUCACUCGCAGAGAGGCUUGUCAGGCUGUUGUUGUUGGUGCCAAAGUAUUGUAGGAGGCGUCUGUGGCUGCUUUGCAUACAGACACCUGGUUGACCAAUUUGAACCAAACAGCUAAACUUUAGGUAGGAAGAGCCAUAUGAAAUAAGAAUAUGUUUAAUGUGUAUACAUAUUGUUUUUGCUACCUCACACAUUUAAGUGUCCAAAGCUUGAAAUUGCACAUUGUGAUGUUUUUGUGCCAUAUCUUAUAUCGUAGCAAACACGGUAUUGCUGGGUAGGUAGCAUGCUAACUGACAAUCAAAGGAUACUGGAUAAAAAAUAAAAAAAAAGCCCUAACUUGUGCUGAAUGGUUUUAAAUGACACACAUAUAGUUAUACCAGUAAGCUCCAGAGCUGUUGCUCCACACUUAACAGGAUUUCAGCAGUGCAUUUACAAGUGGAAGAGAACCUUUAGCUCAAUAUAUCAGAGGGUUUUUUUUUUUUUAAAACUGUGAUCUAAUUCUUAUUAUUGAUUGUUAGCCAUUGAGCGUGGCUCUAUAGACCAGAAGAUGAACUCUGAUGCCCGGACUUUUCAUCUAGUGCCACCAGAUAGGCACUAGAUAAAGAGAGCACAGAAAAGGGUCAUCGAGUACAGCUUAAACUCAUGAAAGCUGAGCCUGACAAGUUUUGAUUUACAAAACAACUUGAACCUUUUCUGGCACCACCCUCAGGCUAAACCCUUGUUUUUGAUUGACUAGCAGGAAGGAUCUAUGGAUUGCAAGGGUAGCUCUCCAUUUUUAACAGUGUCAUGGGGCAACGAGCGCUAUAAGCAUGUACGUAUUGUUCUCAAUAUAAAGAGAAGUAAAACUAGGAACUCCUACUACAGAUUUUGCACAUUUAAAGCUUUCAGUUGCUGCCAUCUUAAAGCUGAAAGCUAGUAUUUGGAUGAACAGAAGCUCAGUCAUGAAUGUGAAAAUGUAUGUUUUGGUUUCUCAAACAUAUUUAUUCACACUGGAAACAUCACUUCGAAUUAUGAUUAUUAUUUUAUUAUUAUGAUGAUUUAAACAACCCCAUUCACACUUCAGAAAUUCAGACAAACGACUAACUUAAUUUCAGUAUUGUUAACAUCAGCUGAAGGUAUUUGUAGUUUCUUUUAAUAGAGUAAAGUAACAAAUAAUUUAGUUAUCAGUUUUCCCAGCAAGUUUUCCAUAGUACCACAUAAUGACGAUCUAUAAAGAUAAAAUCAUAAAACAAGAAAAUAAUGACAAUGCACAAAAAAGACAAAAAUGCUUAUGUUAUCAGCAGAAGUAGUCCAAUAUCAUGCUGUGUUAAUAGUGUACAUUAGCACUGGUGGUAGAUCAGUUUGAGACAUUUCACUUGGAGAGCAAAGUUUUGGCAAUGGGGGCACUCUAGGGUCACUAAUGCCACUGUCAGACGUGGCCUGUAAAGCCUUGUCAUAACAGGCUUAGUGGAAGUGCACACGGGUAAAUCUGCAUGCCGCGUGUGCUUGUAUGCACUCACGUGUGCAGGCGUGUCUGUGUGUGCACGUGUCCGUGUGUGUGUAUGUGUGUUUCAUAUCAUGUGAAGCGAUCCUUCAUUUAAAUGUAUGAAUCUGAUUGAUUAUUGUAGUGUUUGUGAAACUGUGAAACUGGUGCUGUGGAUAAAAAAAAGAACUUUCCAUGUUUCCCAUACACCAUGGCUUUAAAUUCAUGUCUAGCUCUACAGCCUCAGUUAAGGUUCAUAUUUUUUAGUUGCUAAGGCAAGUUUCAUAUUUCCAUAUAGCUGCUUAGUAUCAGUGUUGACACAUACGACAAUAUGUAAGUAUUUUCCUGUCAUGAAGGUAUCAGAAUUACUGGGUGAUACUGUAUGUAGCAUCAGCAGUAUUGCCCCUUGAAAAUAAGCUAUGUACAGUAGCCUGUUGCUAUCUUGGUGAAUAUCAGUUCAUGUGAAAGUUUGUAUUAUUUUCUUUCUGUGAGAUGAUUAGUCAUGGAAUUAUUCGACUGUUGCAAAGAGUAGGAAGUAUUAAAAAUGCAGUAUUUAAGCGUCUAGCUCUGCCUCUGCCCACUGAAAAUACCUGCAAUGUAAAUUUGUUUUUAUCUGAAGUUCAGUCCAUGCUGAGCCAAGCUUACAGUAUGUGUCGUCCAUUGUGUCAAAUCUGCUUCUACAAGAAUCAGACAGGUGACACAGAGAAGAACUGAUAGCUAAAAGACUUUAUCAGUCAUUCCAAAGAGGAGUGACCACCAUGUGCAAUUUCUGACUGGUGUCUUUUUUAUAUAUAUUGUAAAUGACAUAGCUAAAUAUUAAUAAAUGUGACACUGCUUUC